AUGGAAAUAAAGAGAAUGUUUUGGAAUUCCCGAAGAAGUAAACUAAAGGGUACAUGGAGUUGCUGGGAACAACCCAUCUUCAGCACUCGAGCUCACGUCUUCCAGAUCGACCCAAACACAAAGAAGAACUGGGUGCCCACCAGUAAGCAUGCAGUUACUGUGUCUUAUUUCUAUGACAGCACAAGAAACGUGUAUAGGAUAAUCAGCUUAGACGGCGCAAAGGCAAUAAUUAACAGCACCAUCACUCCAAACAUGACAUUUACUAAAACAUCUCAGAAGUUUGGCCAGUGGGCCGAUAGCAGGGCAAAUACUGUUUAUGGACUGGGGUUCUCCUCUGAGCAUCAUCUUUCGAAAUUUGCAGAAAAGUUUCAGGAAUUUAAAGAAGCUGCUCGACUAGCAAAGGAGAAAUCACAGGAAAAGAUGGAACUUACCAGUACACCUUCACAGGAAUCAGCAGGCGGGGAUCUUCAGUCUCCUUUAACACCAGAAAGCAUCAAUGGGACAGAUGAUGAGAGAACUCCUGAUAUGACGCAGAACUCAGAGCCACGGCCUGAACCCACUCAGAACGCAUUGCCGUUCUCACAUAGUUCAGCAAUCAGCAAACACUGGGAGGCUGAGCUGGCUACCCUCAAAGGAAACAAUGCCAAACUCACUGCAGCGCUCUUGGAGUCCACUGCCAACGUGAAACAAUGGAAACAGCAACUUGCUGCCUAUCAGGAGGAAGCAGAACGGCUGCACAAGCGGGUGACUGAGCUUGAAUGUGUUAGUAGCCAAGCAAAUGCAGUGCAUACCCAUAAGACAGAACUAAAUCAGACAAUACAAGAACUGGAAGAGACGCUGAAAGUGAAGGAGGAGGAAAUAGAAAGAUUGAAACAAGAAAUUGAUAAUGCCAGAGAGCUACAGGAACAGAGGGACUCUUUGACUCAGAAACUACAGGAAGUAGAAAUUCGGAACAAAGACCUGGAGGGACAACUGUCUGACUUAGAGCAACGUCUGGAGAAAAGUCAGAAUGAACAAGAAGCUUUUCGCAAUAACCUGAAGACCCUGUUAGAAAUCCUUGAUGGAAAAAUCUUUGAACUAACAGAAUUGCGAGAUAACUUGGCCAAGCUACUAGAACGCAGCUAA